GGGGCGUGGCUUGACGCACAUGUUUCUUCUGCAGCCGCUUAGAGGAGCUGCUGGUUGGCGCGCUGCCAGGUGAAGCCCUGCUGAAGAAGUCCACCGUCCUGCAGCCUCCUGCUCGCUCUGUCUUUACCGGUUUCUGCACAAAGUCAAACAGUUUGACUAAUAGACGCGUACAAAUGCAGGUUGAAAUGGGAAAGAAGCAGCUGACUAAGUCAAAAAAGGAGGUGGAGGAGCCGGAGGAGUUUGUGGUGGAGAAGGUGAUUGACCAGCGGGUGGUGAAUGGCAAAGUUGAGUUUUUCCUGAAGUGGAAAGGCUUUCCAGAUACUGAUAACACGUGGGAGCCAGAAGAGAAUCUGGAUUGUCCGGAGCUGAUCUCAGCAUUCCUCACGUCUCAGAAAGGAGUCGUUGAGAAUCCAGAUUCCAACAAAAGAAAGUCUUCAACAGACGAACCAGAGACGGAUGAAAACAGUGCCAAGAGGAAGAAGGAACUGAGUGAAAAGCCAAGAGGGUUCGCCAGGAAUCUGGAACCAGAGCGGAUCAUUGGAGCGACAGAUAGCAGUGGGGAGCUCAUGUUCCUCAUGAAAUGGAAGGAUUCCGACGAGGCGGAUCUGGUUCCGGCGCGAGAGGCGAACACUCGCUGCCCGCAGGUGGUUAUUGCUUUCUACGAGGAGCGGCUGACCUGGCACUCCUGCCCGGAGGACGAGCAGCAGUAGCGUCGGCGUACUCUGCGUCUCCCUGCCCGCAGAAACACGCUAAAGCUCCAUCUGACUGACCCGCCCUGCUGCCCUCAGGGCCCGGUCCGUGUGAAUGCUCCCCCACGCUGGCUCUGUGCUGCCCUGCGGACGGCCAGGUCAGCGCCGCAUGUGUUUUACAGUCUGGACUGGGCUGAAAGACUGGAGAGGAGGAGGGUUUUUUGUUUUUAAACCUCAGAAAAUUUAACUUUACAGAUCUCUGCAGAUUCGACAGUGCCGACUGACGUUGGCGUUGCACUGUUUUUCAUUUAAUUACACUUUGUUUUUUAUUUUUCUGCUUCUCUCCUUGUUAAGUGGUAGUCGUUCAGUUGGCCUUCGCCUUUUGUGCGUCCUUCUCCUCGGAUAUUCAGCUUUUAUUGUAAAAAAGUAAAAAAAAAUACCUACAUAAAGCAACUUGUAACUCUUAGAUCAGUUUUUCCCCUUUUUGGUUCGUACCUUGUCUUGAAUAGUUGUUGUAUAUUUUUCCUGUAAAUAUUUUUUCAAUAAACUGAAAAGGUUGUUCAAUAAAGUUUAUUGAUCUUUUUAA